AUGUUUUCAACCCUGUUUGAAAGUGAAAAAAUACCAGAUGAACUGUUGAUGGAAUCAUUUUUAGGGUAUGUGUCCAAAGAUGAGCGAGAGCUAAUCAAUACAGCUAUAAAAGAUGAUGAUUUAAAUGACAGCCAGGAAAAAGAGUGGCUUGAUUUUCUCAAAAGGUUUGACUGCAGAACAAUCCCUAAAAAAGAGGAUCGUCAAACAAUAAUCCUAGAAUUGGCACAUAAAGAAAUGGUCCAGAUUGCGCAGUUCAUCAUUGAUAGUUGGAGAAAGCCAUUUAAAGAAAACCUUGCGAAUCGCGAUGCAUUUUCUUCGAUGGAGUCUUUGGAGGAGAUUUACCAAAAUGCAAGACCAACAGUGAAAAGAGUUUUAAACCUAAUACGUUCUGAACCGACAAGUAAUUCGCAGCACGCUGUACUUUCGUUUUUGAGGCGGUACAUACGAGGGCUUGAUGACGAAAAGCUAACAAUGUUCCUGCGUUAUUGCACUGCCUCGACAAUGAUUUGCGUUGAAUCAAUAAAAGUAGUAUUUACUGACCUUGAUGGUGCAGCAAGACGUCCUAUCGCCCAUACCUGCAGAUCAGUUCUGAAACUCCCAACUACGUAUCAAUCUUUUCCGCAGUUCCGGCAAGAAAUGAACAACAUAUUCAGCAGUCAAUACUGGGACAUAGUUAUCGCAUAACAAAUUGUUGUGUUAUAGUGAUUAACUGCAACUGCAUGUUGUUAACUGUUGUCGUUUUUAUAAAAAUUAAGAUUUUAAAGCAUUUAACAUUCUGAUGAAUAGUAUCUGCCGCAGAAGGGAUUAACAGAUUAAGUAAAAGUAGAAGCAUUUUAAAACUACGUUCUGACGACAAGUGGCUACAAAACUACAACAGGCAAGAAAGAGAACGGCUAGAACUACAAGAAAAGCUAGGGAGAAGACUGGAUGGUUCUGUUGAAGUGAGCGAGUGGUAAGUACUUGGUAAACAUCGAUAAAAUUUUUUGAUUUCUAUCUAUAAACUUCGAAUGUUUUUCUCUGUUUUUAUCACAGGUGCAAUUGUGGGAAUUGUGACAUAACCUUACUAACAAAUAAUAGUGAAUGUUAUUGUUGUUUUGAACAGGAAGGAUGCGAGGAAGCUAUGAAUCGCGAAGAAGUUAUACAGGAUCUCAAAGCCGAAGGCGUGCAAAAUGCGAAGUGUGUAACACAACACCCGGGAUUCAACCCCGUAUGCCUUCAAAAGUGGAGUUUGAAGAUGGCUGCUGACAGAUAUAAAACCAAAGAUAAAAGCAAAUACAGUCAAACGUCAACAGAGAAUAGGUUAGACAAUUUAUUCAAUUAUGUUGUUAAAAUUUUUCUUUGUUGCCAAAGUUUUACCUCUUGACUUGUUUAUUUAUGCACCUAUCAAUGUUUUCCCCCUGAGAGGGGGGGGGGGUGCGGGCAACCCAGGGCAUCCCCGCUUUUGGGCAAGAAACGGCUGUCAAAAUUCCCCACUAUAUUUCUAAGAUAACAAGGCACAUAUAUGUUUUCCAAUGCAAACAUACAGGUCUAUACUGGUUUAAACUUGGUAAAAAUUGAGACACUAUAAAAUACCUUUUUCGAUGAAACUUGAUCGUGCUUCUCCGCCAUACUUGCUACCGGGCCUUUCAAUGUCAAAACUGUGCAAACUUUCAAGAUGGCAGAUGGCGGAAAUUUCCCAACUCUGGGAGUUGAUGCAUAGGUCAAAUUCCCCUCACUGGGGCUUCAUAGUGUGGUCAAAGUCCCCUAGGUCGCCUGCAACCCCCCCCCCCCAGGGGGAAAACAGUGAUAGGUGCAUUAAAAUUAGCCUCUCAAUACAUUACUAUAUAUUAGAGGUGUGCAAAUCCGAAUCCGAUCCGUUCGGAUUUCGGAACCAAAAUAUUCAUUUCGGAUCGAUAAAGUUGUUUCGUAGUCGGAUCGGACUUCGAUAUCCGAAAUAAAAUGAAUUAAUUAUCUAAUGCAUUAUUCGUUUGAUACUUCAAUUGGACGUCACUUUGUCAGCUUCUUGACAUGUAUUUCUUGCUUUUAUAUUUAUUUGGUUAAAUAUUUCAACUUGAAUGAGAAAUUUAUUUUAUUAAAGAAUUCUUCGGUUCGGAUCGGAUCGAAACUCGGAUCGGAUUCGGAUUAGACAAUUUCGGAUCGGAUCAGAGUUUAAACAUAGGCAAUUGUCGGAUUAUAAACGUCCAAUCCGAUCCGAUGCACACCUCUACUAUAUGUGUAGGUAGAUAAUGAUUUGCUAAAUACAAAGAUAGAAAAUAUCAAUUUAUACUUUUGUAAAUGCAGGCAACUUCUUAGCCUGGUUCACAUGGUAACAAAUCAUGAACUUCCAUUUAUUUUGUUUUAGCUUUCUACGCAGUAUCUCAUAUAGAGAGUUCACAAGACUAAUAUAUGGACUUCUUGGCAACAGAAGAAUCCCACUACCUGCAUGUGCCUACAUUGCAAUAAGAAAUACAUUUCCCAUCAUGGAAAAGGAAGGACAGUUUACUGGAUAUUCUGACGACUCAGACUAG